AUGUCGCCACGAGCGUCUUCAUCUGCUCCGAGAAGCGCUUCAGCAGCUAGCGCCCCAUACCCCCGAAGAGCUGCUGGUCAACCAAAGUCCUCCAGGCAACAGUUCUCUGCUUGUGGCGCUUGUCGCAUGCGAAGAGUUCGAUGCGACCUCAAAGACCUCCCCGUGACCCAGACUUCAAAUGGUAUCCAGCAGUCUUCAUGCUCAAACUGCAAAGAACGUGGGAUCAAAUGCGUUGAUGAAUUCGCCGAAGUCAAAGCAGUCAAACUUCUAAGACGCGGCCGUCGUCUACAACAAGUGGAAGCCGUCUACGGCAAAGUUACGGAUGAUGAAUCCAGCCCGUCUUCUACCAUACCCACAGGAUCAAACCCCACGAUCCAAACCACGCUUUCCGCGGCGAUCGCCGCACCCAGACAAACCAUCAUUCCCCACCUGAAGCUGGAAUUCCUUAGCUCAUCCUUCUUCCGCAGGUUUAGCAUCCAACGUCCUAUAAUCGAACCCACUGAGUUCACAUCAAGAUACUUUGCUCAUAUUAAAGGCACUUCCGCCCUCAGUAUCGAGGGUCAAAUGAUCGCGAUGCUACUUGUCACAUGGGCUGCCUCAUUUGGCGUCAAUGAAUAUGGUAUCGAGGAAGAAGUCGAGCCUCAUUCCCCCACUACGCCCGACGGACCCAAGUUCUCCCCGGAUGGCGACGACGAUUUCUCUGACCCCAGCCACCGCACUCGUACUCUUCGUGUAGAGGCAAUGAUUAGGGAGAUCCUCCAUCUCAUCGAUAUUCACGCUCUGCUACGACGCCCAACUUGGGACGGUGUCAGAGUCCUCCUACUCAUUCUUCCAUUAACUCAGGGUAUCCAAAAUUCCAUGGACAGGGGGACCAUGUAUGAGGCGACGCUCUCCCAAGUCUACACACUCUGCACCUCGAGCAAUCACUCUGUGCUACAGAGCGGCCAAGGAUCAUAUUGCGAUGCACUUGUCCGUGCCAGAGUUUUCUGGUAUGCCUACGUACAUGAAGGUGUCCGCACCGCUUUACGCGGCGGUCGGCUAUAUCUUGAUGAGGAUGACCUUAUUGCGUUCCAAAGCACGCUCCCUCCUCAAUAUUGCGCAUCUGCAUCUGGCAGCGCUCCUUCCUCUACGUCUGCUUCAUCACACUCCUCACCUACCGCCACUUCUACAGCAUCGUCUGAUAACCCUGUGAAUUCAUUGCAAGAUCCUCGCGGCCACUCGCGCGCUUCGCUUUCUUACCUCCUCUCUUCCCAUUAUUUUUCGCUUGCCUUAGCCGUAUCUGGCGUGUGUCGUGCCGUUCACUCGGUGCUCACUGGACCUCGUGCGCGCCGUCGCACCGAUGCUGGUGUUGCCAUCCGCGAGGACUCCCUCGUGGAAAUCUGGGAUGGGCUCGAGCGAUGCUGGGAGGAUUUCGAAUCUCUCCGUCGCGGAGCAGGUGGCAUAGGCACCGUGGGCGGCGGCCUUGUGCGUGGAGAGGAUGUCGAGCGUUUCGUUAGCGGAUGGCAAGUGUUCAUCUUUGAGUGCUUGAACAUCAUCCGGGAAGCCUUGAGACAGCGGAUUGUCACACAGACCAAGGGAAGCCCCGACUCGAACGGCCGAUCGCCUCCCGCUGAUCGUGCCCUUUGCCGCAUGCUUGCCCAGGCUACUCGCCGUUGCCGCCUUUUCCUUCCCCGCGUCAUCGCUAUCUUGAAGCGACACCUAGCUGUUCCCUCGAGCGGUUUCUUCGCUCACGAUGCCGGCCUCAUCCGAGACGGAUGCUACUAUGCUGCGUUGCUACUUGCGCAAGGGGACGUUGAUCAAGAUGCAGACAGUGAUCUAAAAGGCGAUGAUGGACUCGCUUGGGACGCGGACGCCGAGGAUGGUGUUGACGUGUGUCUGCGCGCACUAGGAGAGAUUGGCUGGAUCUACGCCAAUAGCCAGGAGCGAGAGAAGACUGUUCGCAUGGUGUGGGAGGCACGGGUCAUUCGUGAUGAUGAGCGCCGUCGUGAACGCAACCGUCAGCGUGAUUAUCUUGAGGAUCAACGUGCUCAGGCUUAUCACUCAGGACAACGUUCGCAGGAUCGUUCGCCUUAUAUGAUUAACAAAUCGUCGUUGCCGGCGUCUGCUCGGGGUCAGGGCACGACGCCUCGUUCGCUCUCGCUUGUAUCUGCAGCAGGACAGACUCGACCUCAUCUUCCCCCGCUUUCGCUCGCAUUCUCUCCGGUAGAAAGAUCACCAAACACAGCUAUCACAGACGACGGUAGUGCUGCGAGCUGGUCGACUUAUACGCCACCGACGACGUCAGGUUCGAUGACUAGUAAUCCCACUACGAACCGGAGUGUGUCGCCACCUGAUUCUGAAUCACCUCACACGCUAUCAUCAUUAAAACAUCUUCCUCCUAUCCAACACUCGUUGAAAACGGAGAAUGAAUCAUUCUACAAUGGGGAUUUGGAUCCAUUCUCAUUUUCUGUGGACAGCAAUACGGGGCCCGGUGUUGUUGGGGGGCCUCAUGGAUGGACGUCGCAAUACCAACAUCCAGUUGGACCUGGGAGUGGUUAUCUGGACCCCAGCGUUAUUUUCACUGGAGGAGAUUGCCCGACGUUCUAUCACUAG